UUCUAUAUAGAUCGGGCAAGUAACACACGUGGACCUAACCCUCGGCCGCUUGCUCCGCUGCCCUCUCGUCUCUCCCUCGCGAAUCUCUGGCGGCGCCGCACCGCAGGCGCUGGUGGAAGGACCGGCCAAAGGCGGCGGGUUGGACGGGGGCUAGGGGAACCAGGAGCACCCCAGCGGGCGCGGGGGCGGAAGGCGGCGAGCGGGGAGGCGGGGAACCACAGCGGUGGCGGAAGGAGGCGAUCGGGGACGUGGGGGCAGGCAGGAAACAGCAGUAGCGGCUGGUCGGGAAGAGCAGCGGUGAUCACAGAUCGUGAACGCGCAACUGCAAUGGCUCCGAUUUGUGGGAGCCAAGAGUUCUUGGAUGAUCUGACAAUCAAAGUCUCUCGCUCAGUUGUACUUGUUAUGUCAUUCGAAACCCGUGGGACUCACCGUCAAUUUAUGGAUAUGCCACCGAUGGAAGGAGAAGAGCGAGAUCGUUAUAUUCAACAAAACAUGCGAACUACCCAUUAUAAAUCAUGCACUGGUUUUAUCAUUGGAGCUAGUAAAAGAGUUAUCUUUAUAGCUGUCCAUCAUUCGCAAAUCAACACAGCUGCUUUUGAUACUUUCAGUGUUCGUUUCCAUGAUAAUAAUGAGAAGGCUGCUAAAAUCUUUAUCAAAAAAACAAAGUCAGUCACGAUAUUGUCAGUAGAACAGCCUGAUCACCCUUAUCAUCCAGUGCUCCGCAGUAGAAAGAGGAUUGGCAGGGACGAUGUCCUCAUUCUAUCAAAUGUGCACUUGGGUUGCUUGAAUUCGUACCAAAGUUCUGUUAUUAACCCAACAACUGAAGCUAUUGCCAAUCCUGCUGAUUCCGACAGCAUCGUGCCGAGAAGUGGGAAGUGGUUUACUUUUGGUUGUACAACCAAAAUUGAAGAGCUACUGGGAGCACCCGUAUUUGACUUCAGUGGUCUGUUUGUUGGUUCAGUAGACACCAAUCAUCCAAGAAUAUGGAGUGAUGAAGUUAAUUGUUUUUCUGAUCUGAUUUAUGCACGUCAUGCCCGGUAUUUUUUCAGGAAGACAAGGAGGAAAAUAGAGAAGAAAUUGAUGAAAGAGCGAAAAAAGAAGAAGAUGGGAGGUUAGAAGAAGCAAGAAGAGAGGUCAUGAGCAGGAUGCUGACUCCUAUGGUCUAAUUGCAAUUUUGUACAUGAAGUGUCAUGCCUUCUUCACCAACUCGCAGUGCCUACAAAGCUUCAAUUCAACUUUAUUUUGAAUGUCACAAUGCAUAGAUGCAGUCUUUACCAAGUUCACUGAACAUUGCUUUCAUGGGUGGACCGAUCAUAAGCAGCCUGCUAUGUUUGUCUCAUGUAUCUCAAAAGGAUAGUUUCAUCUCAGCCAAACUAUGGAUCAGUCUUCGUUGUGCUAAAUGAGGGUAUACAGCUCAGUUUUGCUCAUUUGGGUUCAGCAGUUAUCUCGUUUGACUGAUAAAUCUUGGUUUUACUAGGUUGA